AACGGGAUCGGGGUAGACGCGCGGAUGCGACGCGCGAGCGACCUGCAAAGCUGACAGUUCGCCGCUAGCUAGUGAGAGACAGAGAAAGUGAGGGAGAGAGAAAGAGAGAGAAUUAGAGAGAGAGAGAGAACCAUGGGCAACUGUUUGAAGCGCACCGCUGGUAACCAACUGGACAAUACCACCCUCCUGAGCAACAAUCCCGAGCCCAACGUGUCCGCGAGCGGAUCCUCGCAGGAGGGCCUCGGGCCGCCGAUCCCCUACAACCAAGCGGCUCAUUACCAGUCGAUCGCCACGAGGGAACGUCAUUUGCAGUCCACCAACUUGAACAUCGGCCAUGGGAUUGGAGUCAAUCUGGUGCAGAGCACCGGCUCGGCCGGCUUGAGCGAGGAGGAGCAACAAGUGAGGAUUGCGAAGCGUAUAACGGCAAAAUGCCACGGAGCAUUGCCUACCGGUCGACGGAGCCAUGGCCUGGCCAGCCUGGCCGUCGUACACUGGCACCAGAGUCGCGACCCGGUCAGCCGGACUCGAGAAUAG